UUCUGUGUCUUUAUUUUUGGUUCUGUUUCUUGUUAUGUCAAAAAACAGGGAUAUGGGUUCUUUACUUAUAUUUAAUUUUUUGUUGAUUAUGUCCACAUGAUAAUAACAGUAAUUGAACAUUUAUUUAGUAGUUAAUAUGUAUCUGAUAUUACGCUAAAUACUUUACAUAUAUUAACCCAUUUAAUCCUUAAAACAACCUUAUGAAAUAGGUGUUAUUGUUAUCCUGUUAUGCUGAUAACAUAGGCGUUAAGUAAAGUAACUUUUCUCAGAUUCUUAUACUUAGUAAGGAGUAGCACUAGGAUUUGAACCCAAACAGGCUUUUAUCUACAUUCUUCAGCCCCAUGGUAUAUUGACUUUCAAGUAUAAUGACUACUGAUGAUUUCUGUACCAAUUCCUAGUCACUUUUCGGAAACAAAUCAAUUCAUUAACUUUUUUGACUAAUUCUAGAAAGUAACAGUUUACCUGAAAACUGCAUUUCUCGAGUGUUGUUUUUAGAUUACUCAAGUUCAUCAUUAUUACUCCAUGGUCUAAAAGUGUCAUUUGCUUUCAUCUCUUUGAUACUUCUCAGUCUCAUCCUUCUCAGAACAGAACUCCACCUCUUUACCAAAUUACUUCAUAAAACAUCUUCUGCAAGUGUUCUCUAAUAAUAUGCCUUCCUCAGUGUGGUGGUAUAUGUGAGCUACUAUUAUUUUAAAAGUAAUGCAUGUUGAUUGUAUUGGGACAUAUAGAAACAAUUUUAAAUGUAAGCAAAAAUAUAAAAUUACCCUCCUUUUCCACCUUUAGGUUGAACUAUGUUGUUUUCAUAGUCACUGUCUGUCUUUGUACCCCUAUUAGACUGUACAAUUCACAAAGGAAAAGAGACCCCUAAAAUUUUUCACUCAUUUAACACCCUUUCCCUACCUUGUAUACUGCCUGCUUUGUGAUAGACAUUCCAUAAAAUUAUGAGUUUUUAAAUGUUUUUCUACAGUAUCAAAAUUUCUCUAGGAAGAUAAUUCAAAAUGAUAAAAUCUUAUAUAUUUAAGCAGACAGUCAAGGCAAGAGCACCCAAUAAAUAGCUGUUAUCACUUACAGGAUAGAUCACAUUAAUUAUUUGCAGGAAGGAGAUGUAUCUAUGAGCAGGGAUUUUUGUGAUCCUCCUCAUUUAUCAUACCUGUUCUGAUUGUUUCCUAGGUAGUUUUCACACAAGGCAUCUGUCUUUGAGGAACCCAGAUAUUCAGAUCUGUCACAAUUAUCAUGUAGUUACAUAAAAACUCAGUAAUUACGUAUUAGAGUAAAGCUGUACAACCACUGUUGUGUCUCUCUCAAAAUUAGAUUGUCUGUGUUACCAACUAAGAGAUGUCUUAUUUUUGUAUUUCCCUUAGAGCCUUGCUGGAGCUUGUAGCAAACAAAAUAUAGGUACUAAAUAAGUACGUGUUGAAGAAGUACCACAGAAUAUUUUCAACAUUAGAUGAUCUGUGAGCUUUUUCUUAGAAAAAAAUUCCAGGAACCAGGGCUCUCUGAGAAAUGGCUGACUUCAGGACUGGUACAGAGAUAGUACAAGUGCAGAGUGCACAGAUCACUAUGACCCGUGCCCAGUUAACGAGGCUGAAGAGAACCAGCCCCAUUUCCAGGGGGUGACAGGCCUGCGGAACCUGGGCAACACAUGCUACAUGAACGCCAUCUUACAGUGUCUCUGCAGCAUCUCACCACUGGUGGAAUACUUUCUCUCGGGAAAGUACAUUAACUCUCUUCAAAAGUAAGACCAUUUGCCUGACCUGUGGCCUGGCCCCCACCCCUGUUCUCCAAGGUGAGGUUAGGGAAGGGACCUUCUGGAAAGGGCUAAACCAGUUAGUAGAGGCUGCAGCACCCCAGGUCCUGUUUCUAGAGUGAGUAAAAUGAGAAGGUCAGCCAAGAAAUGAAUGAAGCUUGGGGUCUGAUGCCACAUGAUCAGCCAGAAACAUCUCCCCUCCUUCUUAGGGACUGCAGUGAGGUUGCCACUGCCUUUGCAUAUGUGAUGACAGACAUGUGGCUUGGAGACUCUGACUGUGUCUCACCAGAAAUAUUUCGGUCAGCUCUUGGCAACCUCUACCCAGUAUUUAUGAAAAAGACACAGCAAGAUGCUCAGGAAUUCUUGAUUUAUGUCCUGAAUGAACUUCAUGAAGCUCUGAAAAAGUACCACCAGAGAAAAUCAUAUGAAAAAAAAUCCAUUCCAAGAUGCUGCAGGAAGAUGAUCGCCAAUGAGUCCUCCAUCAUCACCCGGCUGUUUGAAGGGCAGCUCAGUUAUAGCAUCAUAUGUUUAAAGUGUGAGAACUGCACCUACAAAAACGAAGUUUUCACUGUCAUCUCCCUCCCCAUUCCAUCCGAAUACGAGUGCUCUCUUCAGGACUGUCUCCAGUGUUUUUUUCAACAAGACACAUUGACCUGGAACAACCAGAUUCACUGUUCCUUUUGUGAAACCAAGCAAGAAACAGCUGUGAGGGCCACCAUUUCCAAAGCGCCAAAAACAAUUGUCUUUCACCUAAAAAGGUUUGACAUUCUGGGUACAAUGAAAAGGAAACUGAGGACAGAUAUUCACUACCCGCUCACUAACUUGGACCUUACUCCUUACAUUUGUCCAAUUUUUCGGAAAUAUCCUAAAUAUAACCUCUGUGCAGUGGUGAGAGCCUGGAAACUGCCUGCUUUGACCUUGAACAGUAGGGCAAUGAAAGAAUACAAUGUCCUCUACGCUUCCUCCUUACCGUCCCACUACUCCAUGGCUAUUUCAGAUCUAGCGACAUUUGUGAGCUGUGCUCUGGGCAGCGGGCAGCACAGAACCAUUUUGGUGAUCUGGAUGGUGGCCACUACACUGCUUUCUGCAAGAACUCAGUGACCCAGGCCUGGUACAGCUUUGAUGACACACGAGUCAGUGAGAUUCCAGAUACUUCAGUCCAAACUGCUGCAGCAUAUCUCCUGUUCUACAGCUGUCAGCCCUUUUCUAUACCUAGACAAAAAUGCAAGAGCU